UAUUUGCUAGAAAAUCUUUGGAGGUUAGAUUUGCCAGAUAAAACACAGGAUACCCAAUUAAAUUUGAACUUCAGCAAUCUCAUGUGAUUAGUACAUACACUAAAAAAAAAAAAAAAAUCAUUCAUUGUUUAUUUGAAAUUCAAGUUUAACUGGGUGUCCUGUGUUUCUAUUUGCUAAAUCUAGCAGUCCUACUGAGGUUACUAGUAUGUGCCACAGAUUAAUGAAUCCCAAGCUUACAAAAAACAUAGCCUUAGAAAGACAGUGCAGGAUCAUGAAAGGGAACAGGUCUAAUUUGCAUCCUAAAAUGUAGCUCAGCCUAAACUGGCCAUGUGUGGAAAAGUAAAACCUGCUGAUACAGGUUUUACAUACACGUGAUACACGCGGUGGCCAGGCCAGGGAUUACCAAUCACAUUACCUUCUCAAGGCUGAUAAGGAUUUAAUGAUCAUAGCUACAGUCUCUACUUAUCAUUCCAGUCUCCAUCCCAAGAGAGACUACAAUAAGAGAGGUAAAGGAAAUUACAACAAAGUCUAAGAAGUAGGUGUACCUAUCAAACUACAUCAGUCCAACUAGGAACGGUUGGACAUUUCUGUAUUUUACCAUGCUGGAUAAAGUGGAGAGCACCUUGAUGCUCAUAGCAGCUGGAGAAUUUGCAAUGGGGAUUUUAGGGAAUGCAUUCAUUGGAUUGGUAAACUGCAUGAACUGGAUCAAGAAUAGGAAGAUUGCCUCCAUUGAUUUAAUCCUCACAAGUCUGGCCAUAUCCAGAAUUUGUCUACUAUGUAUCAUACUAUUAGACUAUUUUAUACUGGGGCUGUAUCCAGAUGUCUAUACUACCGGUAAAAAAAUGAGAAUCAUUGACCUCUUCUGGACGCUCACCAACCAUCUAAAUGUCUGGUUUGCCACCUGCCUCAGCAUUUUCUAUUUCCUCAAGAUCGCGAAUUUCUUCCAUCCCCUUUUCCUCUGGAUGAAGUGGAAAAUUGACAGUGCGAUUCCUAGGAUCCUGCUGGGAUGCUUGGCCUUCUCUGUGUUUAUUAGCCUUGUUGUCUCUGAGAAUCUGAACGAUGAUUUCAGGUCUUGUGUUAAGGUAAAGAAGAAAACAAACAUAACUGUGAAAUGCAGAGUAAAUAAAGCCCAAUAUGCUUCCAUCAAGAUUUGCCUCAACCUGUUGACGCUAUUCCCCUUUUCCGUGUCCGUGAUCUCAUUUCUCCUCUUGCUCCUCUCCCUGUGGAGACAUACGAGGCAGAUGAAGGUCAGUGCCACGGGAUGCAGGGACCCCAGCAUAGAAGCCCAUGUGGGAGCCAUGAAAGCUGUCAUCUCCUUCCUCCUCCUUUUCAUUGCUUACUAUUUGGCUUUUCUCGUAGCCACCUCCAGCUACUUUAUGCCAGAGACUGAAUUAGCUGUGAUGAUUGGUGAGUUGAUAGCUCUCAUCUAUCCAAGCCAUUCAUUGAUUCUAAUUCUGGGGAACAAUAAAUUACGGCAGGCGUCUCUAAGGGUGCUGUGGAAAGUAAAGUGUAUCCUAAAAAGAAGAAAUCACUAAUCACCACAAAUGGAUCUGAAGGCUAUCGUUUACUAGGAAGGAAGACAUGAUGUUUCUUAGCGGUCUUCAGUUCUUGCAUUAAUGUUGGUUUC